ACUAGAAAUUAAACUUUGAGGUUUACCUUUUUUGUCUAUUAUAUACUCCUAGUUCUUAAGCAAAAUAAUUACUUACGAGUAUAUUACCUUUUCGAUGAAAAAAAAGUUCUGUGUUGACUACGAAAUAUCAAAAUGUCACUUCAGCGUGAACGGCGUGUUAAUGCUGGCAAUCGUCUGUCAAAAUUACUCGAAGAAGAAGAACAAGACGAUGAUUUCUAUAAAAGCACCUAUGGUGGAUUCAAUGACGAAGAAGACGACAAUGAAUUUAUUUUCAAGGCUGAAGAGGACCAAGAUGAUAUUGUAGACUCAGAUUUCAGUAUUGAUGAAAAUGAUGAACCUAUAUCUGAUCAAGAAGAUGAGGGUACCAAACGAAAACGUGGUGUAGUCAAUACCAAAGCAUAUAAGGAGCCAAAAGCUACCACAAGUAAGCAUUUAAAAGGUGAUAAAAAUAUUGAUGAAAUGACAGAAAGGAUUGCACAAGCUGGAGAAAAAGUGGAUGAUUCUUCAGAAGUUCCAAAAGCUAGAUCGAAAUAUGCCAGAAAGACAAGAAUUCCUUCUCAAGCCAGAGAAAAGAAAGCAGUACGUCAAACUACUGCACUCAAAUCAGCUGAAACCGUUCAGAGACUCAGAGAAAGAGAAACAAGAGGAAAAAGGAAACAUAAUAGGAGAGACAAUGGUGAAAAAUUAACUCAACAACAACUUCUGGAAGAGGCAAAGGAAACCGAGUUACUUAACAUACAGUCACUCGAAAAAUAUCAUCAGCUUGAACUGGAGAAAAAAAAAACGAGGGUUGUGAAAAAGGCUCCCACUGGACCAACCAUUCGCUAUCUCUCAACCUCCAUGCCGCUCAUACAGGAAUUAAAUGCAGAGCCGGAACGAAUCAAUGUCGAAGAAGAUGAGGAUAAAGAAGAAAAUUUAGUUAACCAGACCGGCAUUUCAGCGCUAGUCGACAGCAAAUCAUGCUGUGAAAGAACGUUCAUCACCUUUUCAACUGACAGUCUCGUGGAGGCUAAUUUCAGUCGGAAAAAAGUCAAUCCACCUCAAAAGAAUGUUUGCCCUAUCACCAGGCAAAGAGCCAAAUAUUUUGAUCCGGUGACUCAGCUACCCUACUCCACCGUUCAGGCCUUCCGGAUUCUACGCGAGGCCUAUUGCCAGCAGCUAGAGGUGAAAGGAGACGCCAACGAUGCAGAGAUCGCCCGUUGGAUUGAAUGGCGACAAAAGUACCGCCAAGCCCGACUCGCCGCUCUGGCUGCCGCUCGCGCCCAACAGGCCAACGCACAGGGAAACGCUGUACCGACAUCGACACAGCAAUCGACACCAUCUUCAGCAGUGAAACCUUCUAAUACAAACAACUCAACUACAACGAUAUAAACGAAAUCUCCACUCCAUUUCAAUUGCCCUAGUUAAUAAAUUUUUUUCUUUUUA